UAAAGUCAUAGUAACAAGACCAAGUAAUACUCAAUAUCGGGGAAAAUGAGUAACGUUAAUAAUGUCAAUAUCAACGUCCAGUGCGAGUGCUACCACCGCCGAGGACUUCUUUAUUACGCCAAUCCCUUGGCUUGGGGGCGUCCUUGCCGCAGAUGUCGUCGCAUGAUGUCCAGGAAUAAUAUCGUGGUGACCGUGCCAGCAGGACAGGUGGCUACGCCAGUGCAAACCACCGCCACCACAGUGAUACCUGCCCAGAGUGCGACCCACUGGCAGAUGCAGCAGGAGCCUCAGACCAUGUCCGCCCUGCCACCUAAGUACGACCAAGUUGUUGCCGCCAACUAAAUUCAUGAAAAUAAAAAAUAUAUAAAAACACACAAUAAAAAUUCCUUAAAGAACAUUGCAAAAUCUA